AGAGCAGUGGUGAUCGGAAACGGCGUCGCCGGCGCAGAAAAUCAGUGCAUCGGUUUACUUCGAGCCCUCGGCCUAUCACAUCGGCAUACUCUCUAUAGAGUUACUAGGCCUAGGGGAGGAAUUAAUGAGAGUCUUCGUUGGUUGCCGGUUUCGCUCCACAAAAAAACAGUGUAUGCAUUUAAUUGGAUUCUUAGGAAUUUAGAGCCACAAUUUUGUAACAAAUGGAAUAAGGUGACUAAUUUCCCUGCCAAACAAACAGGGGUCUGCUUUGCACACGGGAAGCUUGAAUGGCACAUUGAGACAUUUGAAAUUUUGAACUUCACUUGUUUCAGUUAUACCAGAAGCUGAUGCUGAGCAUAUUGCAAAAGUGGCUCAUGAAACAUUCGAAAAGGAGGGGCCUAUGUUGGUGGUUGCAUCGGGGCGAGAUACAAUUUCCACUGCAUGUUCUGUAAAGCGGUUAGCACCAGAAAAUGUUUUUCUUGUCCAGAUUCAACACCCCAGGUCACAUCUGAAUUGGUUUGAUGUAGUCAUCACACCUCGACAUGAUUAUUAUCCACUCACACCUGAUGGGCAAAAGCAGAUUCCUAAACUUAUUCGGAGGUGGAUAACACCUCAAAACCCUCCAGAAAAGCAUGUGGUCCUCACUAUAGGAGCCCUUCAUCAAAUUGAUUGCAGCUCACUGCAAAGUGCUGCUUCUGCCUGGCAUGAGGAAAUUGGACUACUGCCAAAACCAUUGCUUGUGGUAAACAUUGGAGGACCCACUUCCCAUUGUAAAUAUGGUGAAGACCUGGCAAAUGAGCUCACAUCGUCACUGCAAAAUGUUAUUCCAACUUGUGGAAGUGUCAGAAUUUCUUUUUCACGUAGAACUCCCAAGAUGGUUGCAGAUCUUGUAGUGCUCAAACUAGGAAAUCAUCCUAAAGUUUACAUUUGGAAUGGGGAAGGUCCAAACCCACAUAUGGGACAUUUAGCUUUGGCAGAUGCUUUUGUCAUCACGGCUGACUCAAUUAGCAUGUUGAGUGAGGCCUGCAGUACAGGGAAGCCUGUUUAUGUGAUUGGAGCUGAGCGAUGUAGAUGGAAGUUUACAGAUUUCCACAAAUCCCUCAGAGAACGAUGCAUGGUACGGCCGUUCACAGGGAAAGAAAAUAUAUGUAAAGAAAGAUGGACAUAUUCUCCAUUGAAUGAUACCAAAGAGGCUGCGGGUGCGGUUAUAAGUGCGCUUGAAGAUCGUGGAUGGAGAUUGCAAUGACUGGUCCAUUGCUCAGAAAGACAGAAAUACUCAACAAUUCUUGACGGGCUGUAUUUUUUUCCUGUUAGGCCAUAAGGGUUGGAUACCCAAGUUCUAAGAUCAUACUCCUGUAUGAACUAUGAAUUAGAACUGAGAAGAUCUUUAUCCUUGCGACUAGUGAUGGACCCGGGCCGGGCCUCGGGUCAGGUAGAGGUAGGCCCGGGACCGGCCCGGGCUAUGGCCGGUGCCGGUUCGGGCCGGGCCACCCGCCCGGGUCACGGGUUGGGCCACCCGUCGGGCCGGGCCGGGUCAUAAUUUUUUUAUUAUUAUUAUAGAAUAUACAAAUUCUUAUUAAAAACAAAGUUGAAGUGCAUUUAUUUGAAAUAGGAACUACAUUUGAGAAUUGAGAAAAAACAACAAUAUGAAAUACAUUUUCUAAUAAAUAUUAAUUGGGAUUUCCGCCACCGUUGGUUGUUGUUUUCCCUUUGUCAC